UUAAUGUGGAUGUGCCGCACGACCAGAUGUUGGGAGGCAGACGAUCAGGGCGAUAACUGGCGGUGGCGAUAAACACGGAGAAGUCUCAUCCGCGGUGUAGAAAUCUCCAGAUUCGCUGCUGGGGCAAUCCCCGGGGUCUCCACUCUGGCCGCAUUUGGCCCGGGGAUACGGUCACAUGACCGCACGGGCAUUCGAGGGUUGUAGUAUAUAACUCAGCGUUUCUCAAGGGAUAUGCUGUCACCACAUAACAAUCAAUGUAUGCUUGUAACGAAUAGAGCAGUUUAACAUCCGAGGUUUCUCGAUAAUCGUGCCGGUAUGCAAAUGUCAAGACAACUCGUCGUCACAUCGCGUCGCCUGCUUCGUACCACACGCGGACCAUCGCAUCUGGUGCGGACGUUCUCCAUCGCUGUCCCCGCCCGCAAGGAAGGCCAAAUGCAAACCUCGAAGCCUCGUGGGUUCUUGGCCGACCGGGAUACUGCUCGCCGUGACCCAGUCCGUGCAGACGAGGAAAUAUCAGCACAUGUUACAGCGACGAAAUCCCAGCUGCAAGAUCAAAUACAGCAAAAUCGGCAACAACUCGACCGCCUCGAGAGGCAGCUCCAAGAGUUUAAACAGGAGGAGGGGUGACGGAGAAGUUUGAUGUAAGACUGAAAGCACGGGUUUGGUUCCUAGUUGCAUUGUUGUUCUUCAUCCGGUUUGAAUGCGGGCACGGAGUCGAGAAUGGGGAGUAUGUCGGAAAAUAAAGCUAAGAUAUUGCGUUGCUUCUCGUGACUUGUUUGAUUUGUACAUCGAAUUUUCAAGGGCUGUUGGCGACACGAGGUCAAGUAAA